AUGGAUCCCAACGUAUUUUUUGCACCAGUCGCUCAUAUCCUCCCACCAAUUUCCUUGCCCACCACCCCGGCACAUCCGGACAUCCCGUUUUCCGAAUUCUAUCCAAUCUUGAUGGAUUAUCGCUUUCCCGUGUUGUUCGCCUUCUCAUACGCAUUUGCCAUCUCAUUCCUGAAUCCAAAAUCAAAUAAUGUUUCAAGGAUGGUGGCAAAGCAAAAAGGAUUGAAGCCAACGAGUAUUAGUAAGAAAAGUGGGAAACUGAUGACCGCCUUUGUGUUCUUGCAUAAUCUGUUCUUGUGCGCCUUUUCCGUCAUCACAUUCCUCUCCGUCACUCCGACUUUCAUCAACAGUUUCUACAAACAUCGUGAUAAUUUCACGGAUGCUUACUGUGACCGAGAUGGCUGCUUUUGGGAUAAUGCGCUUGCCUAUUGGGGCUAUCUUUUUUAUCUUUCAAAAUUCUACGAAAUAGUCGAUACCAUAAUAAUCCUUUUAAAAGGACGUCGUUCCUCUUUACUGCAAACCUACCAUCACUCCGGUGCAAUGAUAACGAUGUGGGCCGGUAUGAACUUCAAGGCUCCACCCAUCUGGAUCUUCGUGGUGUUCAAUUCCUUCAUCCAUUCCAUCAUGUAUGCCUACUAUGCGUUGACCAGCAUCGGUUUUAACCCACCCGGCAAACAGUAUCUGACCAGAAUGCAAAUCACCCAAUUCCUUGUGGGCACAUCCAUCGCCGCUAGCUAUCUGUUUGUGGAUAAUUGCUUGGUGAGCAAAGGUCAGGUUCUAGCCACCUACAUUAAUCUUGCCUAUCUGUUCCCACUGACUUACCUGUUUGUGGAUUUUGCGAGAAAUAUGUACAGUGGUGCGACUCGCCGUGUCGGCGGUAAUGGUACGCCAAAAAAAGGAUUCACAUAG